CAACAGUUGACAGCAUGGCGGCCAGCACAGUGGAUUCGGAAAUCACAAAAAGUGAUAAAUAUUCAAUAUUAUUACCAACUUACAACGAAAGAGAGAAUCUACCUAUCAUUAUAUGGCUAAUUAUUAAAUAUCUGGACGGAAGUGGAAUAGAUUUCGAAGUGAUAGUAAUAGAUGAUGGGAGCCCCGACGGUACAUUGGAUAUAGCAAAACAGUUGCAAGACAUCUAUGGAUCUAAUAAAAUAGUCCUUCGUCCUCGUGAAAAAAAGUUGGGCCUAGGAACUGCCUAUAUACACGGAAUCAAACAUGCUACCGGCAAUUUUAUUAUUAUUAUGGAUGCUGAUUUAAGUCACCAUCCAAAAUUCAUACCAGAAUUCAUAGAACUACAGAAAGAACAUGACUAUGACAUAGUGACUGGUUCCCGCUAUAUUAGUGGUGGUGGAGUGUAUGGAUGGGAUUUCAGGAGGAAGCUGAUUUCCAGAGGAGCAAAUUUCCUCACACAGACACUCCUUAGACCUGGUGUUUCUGAUUUAACUGGCUCUUUUAGAUUAUACAAAAAAGAUGUGCUACAAAAAUUAGUGGAAAGCUGUGUGUCAAAAGGUUAUGUGUUCCAGAUGGAAAUGGUGAUAAGAGCAAGGCAGCUAAACUUCACUAUUGGAGAAGUGCCAAUAACUUUUGUAGAUAGAGUGUACGGUGAAUCCAAGUUAGGAGGUACUGAGAUUGUGCAGUUUGUGAAAGCCCUAUUAUAUUUAUUUGCUACUACAUAAUAUUUUUUAUAUUAAAACGUUAAGAACUUAUGUAUGUCUUAUUAUCUUUUUUGUUUAAAUACUUUAUACUCGUUUAAGCAUUUAAAUUUUUGGUGGAAAUGGUAUUUUGAGUCAAUUACCCAUAAAUACAAUAAUUGUCAAGAUUGACUAUAUAAUAGUACUUGUUGGGUAUAUAAUUGUAUCUUUGUAUACACUAGACUCAACCACUUAUAUUAUAGUUCUAAUAAUUCAAUUGGGACACACCCAUUGAGUGCUUACAUCAAAAGUUAUUAUAUUAAUACAUAUUACUAAAUAAACGUUUUGUAUUAUUUCAAAUAACUUGUUGUUUUUUAAAAAUAUAGUGAACUAGGCCAAGGUUUCCUUUAUAGCAAAAUUUUGGUGCUGACAACACUUAGGAAAACAUAAUAUUAAUAGAUACAUUACUAGAAGUAAAAACACUCAAGCCUGAUACUCUACAGUCUAUUGAAUGAUAAUGAUUAAUAUUAUUUAUAUGUACUUUUUUAUGUGUCUGAUACUCUGUAAAAUUUGAUUGAAUAAAUGGUCCAUUAGUUAUAUUUUCACAGAUAAAUUAGUACAAUUAUAUAAGUAACUAUAUUUGUAUAUUAUGGAAAUAAAUAAUUUGUAUAAAA